AGUGGGCUACCACGCUCUCAGAGUUCUGGAUCGUCGGUGGCCUUGAGGUUCGAAGACGAAUUCCUUUCCAAGCAGGUGAGCAAAAGCAAUCUGUGUCGCAAAUUCCAAGGACUAUGAAUGGGUCGCCAGCUGGUGAGAAAGAAUUUGAAUGUAAUGGAGGAGGGAGGUAUGAUUGUAAAGGCGAUGAACUCUUGGGAAGAAAGAAAACAUUUCCUGAAUGCAUUUGGGAGGGCUUUACGAUAAACAUCAUAGGUGAAAAGGAUGAUUUACCAAUUCAUUUCUGUGACAAAUGUGAUUUGCCUAUUAAAAUCUAUGGACGUAUAAUUCCGUGCAAGCAUGCUUUUUGCUAUGACUGUGCUAAUUUGUACGAAAAAAAAGGAGAUAAGAUAUGUCCAGGCUGUAGUAUUCCUGUGCUGCGAAUUGAGGAGCAUACACGAGGUUCUGUCUUCAUGUGUAGCGCUGGGCAGAAGUGCAGGAAAACUUAUUUGUCUCAAAGAGAGUUAGAAGCUCAUAUGAACUACCACUAUAAGAGAGCUAAAAAACUUGUUACCUAUGCUCCACGUAUGGCUUCACCAACAACCGAAAUCCCUGAGAUGCUGCUAUACAAGGACCAUGUGAGCCAUAUUCCACCAGAGUUGCACAGCAUUAUGUCACCACCUCGGGUGCAGUGUGUAUCACACAAGCGCAGUAACCAGCCACGCGAGGAUCUUCAUGCUCCUCCAGCAGAAUUGCCACCAUGCCUACCUCCUUUGGUCCCUCAGGAACUCAUUAGUGUUUCAACAAGAGAACACAGCAGUUUAAUAAUUGCCCCUAUUCAGGGUGGUGACUCAAAUCCUGGUGCCAAAGAACUAUCACCUCCUGCCUGAGCACCUGCUCACCAUCAUUCUGAACAUCAAAGUCAGCCAGUGGUAUUGCCCCCUUACAUUAUGCCUCCAGAGGAACACGCACUGCCCCCAUCUCCUCCACCACCAGUAAGCAGUCCAAUGUCAUAUUCUCUCCAGGAUUCAAGUACUCCUCAGUUGGUUUGUAGUCAAGUGCCACCUCCACCCAAGACUUCUGAUCCAUCACCAGUAACUUCUUCCCCUGGAUGUAUUAUUGCCCCAGUGCCACCUUAUGUGAAUCCUCCUCCUCCAGGAUCUCUUCUAUCUCAAAAUGAUGGUCCACCUGUAAGUGACUUCCCUUCUAACCGUCAUAAUUCUAACUCUUUACCCCAAUUCACUGAAGAACAGGAAACUCUGAGCCCUCCGUUUACAAAACGGGAUGGAACAAAUCCUGGUAUGCGGCCUCUAUCAAAAGGACUUUCACCUCCUCCACCAACUCAAGGUCCACCCUCCCCAACCCCACUUUCUGGAUCACAUCACUCAGAUCAGACAAGAUAUAGACCAUAUUAA